AUGAGCCAAAAAGAUAUUUAGACUGAGCAAAUAGAAACAGAGUAAUCCUAGUUAUUACACUCUAAAGACAUAUAGAUAGAUGCUUAAAAUAAGGAGCAAGAGUCUACAUCGCAUUCAGAAAAUUAGCAAUCUACUGAAGAUUCAAAUAGCUCAAAAGAAAUUUACAUAGGAAACGAAAAGAAUUAAAUCAGAGAGGAUGAAGAUAUUAUUAAUACAAAUUGUUAAAAUGAGGUAUUAUCUUCAGAUAAGAAGGCUGAAAUAAAUACUGAUUAAAUAUAGAAGGAAGAAAAUACAAAUUAAAGCAAAGAAGAUAUUUAAAGUGAGCAAAAAGAAGAUAACAAAAAUACAGAUACAACAUAAUAGAAUCAAAAGAGCUAAGUGGAGAUAAAAUCAACUUAAUAGAUAAUACAAGAAAGUAGAGAACUUGACCAAAAAGUAUAAGAUAUGAUAAAACAAACUCAAUCUUCAAUUUAAUAAACUUUAGAUUCUACUAGCAGAACUUUAAAAUCUGUAGAAUAAACAAUGAAAGAGAUUAAUGAAACUAAUAAAAGAUUUGAUCAAUUUAAUGAAGCCUACCAAUCGACGAUGUAAUAGUUUGGGUAAAAGUUACAAGAUGCAUUUGGUCAAGGACACUUGGAGAGUGAAUAUGACUUUAUGCCUCAAAUUUCAGAUGUUGAAGAAAUAGCUCAAAUACUUAAAUUAAAAACAGAAGCUGUAUUUUUAAUAGGUAAAGAGAAUUUGAAUUCUGAGUUUAAAAGUAAUUUAUAGAAAAGAGAGUACUUUUAAAAUUAAAGUGAGGAGUAUUGGAAAACAUAUGGUAUAGUAAAGGAGAAUUUAUCAUUAAGUGGAUCUAAUGAAGUAGAUAACAGUUUAGUUUAAAUUGCAAACUCUCUUUACAGUGUGAGUACUAAUUGCACUUUAAUCACUACAAGUAUAGAAGAUGGUCUCCGAGCAGCAUUAUUUUAAAAUAUUAAUAGAGAAAAUUUAGAUGAUAAUAGUAAAAGUAAUUAAAUAGGAUGCUUGAAUUAGUUUGAAUAAUAGUAAAAUUAAAGUACAUAGCAAAAAGAAGAAGAAGAAGAAAUUAAUUUAGAUAAAAAUACUAGGCAAAUGACAAAUUAUGAAGUAGUAAAAAGUGUUUAUUAUGAAGAUGAAGAAUAUAAGUCAACUUUUAAAGAAAUGGAUAAUUUUGAAAAACAAGGUGUUUAGUAUGAUUUUGAUUUAUUUUCGGGUAAGUAUAACUAUUUUUAGAUCCAUGGCAAUAUUAACUUUAUCAGAUGCUCAAGCAAUUAAUGUAAAAACAAAAAUAAAUCAGAGUUUUUAAACUCGUAUGGUCCUAUAUAUGAUUUAAAAAGUUGCCCUGAGUGUUAAUGCCCAAUGAGGCCUCAUAUUAAAUUUGAUGAUGAAGAAACUGACGAAAAUAUUUAUAAUGUUGAUUGGAUUAAAUCUAAAGUAAACCAACUAGACUGUUUGAUUCUAGUAGGCUUAAACGAAGAUGAAAAAAAUGAACCAUUUUAUAAAGAAUUAAUUUAAAAAAGUAUCGAGUAUGGAAUUUUAAUAAUAGAAAUAUCAAUCCAACCUUAAUUAGAAAUUGGUCAUAUAAAAUAAUUAAUAGGAUAUCCAUAAGAAAUGAUUAUAUUAUUGAGAGAUUAAUUGCUUUAUAGUUGA